UCGCGUUUCAAUUGGCUGGGAGAAACAGCAUGGGAUCGCACAGUGUGGGGUUAAAGUUAAACGCUGGGAGAGUCUGUACAGCUAUGCGGGGGAAACGCCUUGCUGCGAUUGAUCGGUUUUUUAGGGCAACAUUUUAAAUACACAAGUAGCCCGAUCGCAGAAGUUUCUGCAUUUGACUGUACGGUGUUCAGAUUGUCGUGGCUACUUAUAUUUUUAUUAUUUGUAUGUGUGUGAGCAAGGUGUAAUACAUUAUCUAAUUACACGUUUCGAUAGGACAUUAUUGGCGUUAAAGCAGCGCUAACUUUUUGCUGAAGGUGCUUUUCUGGAGGGCAGCUGUUGAAGACUUUGAAUUCUGUUUCGAUCUGAAAUCGUAGCUUUCCUUCGGUUAUUCAUCACCCUUGAGAAAGAUUUUACUUUAAAGGACGCUUACAAACUGGAUUUGCAAAUAACGAAACAGCGAUCUGCCUAAAAAAACGCGAUGGCUGAAUCGAACUGGAAUGCAGCUCAGGAUUUAACAGAUUUUAUGGAAACUACGAUGCAGAAGCUUCAGAAAAGGUUUCAGGACAUGUCUGACCAGCUAGUCUCAAGAAUGGACGAAAUGGGAACCAGAAUUGAUGACUUGGAAAAGAAUGUUGCUGAUCUCAUGAAACAGGCAGGGAUGGAAGAGCCUCAAUCUUCAAAAUGACUUUUUGUACAGGCCGUAUACAUGUGCAGAGUUAAUGUUUGUAAAUUGCUUAAGUACAGAACCAUAACGUGAACAGAAGUGCCUUUCGUGUCCAGCAACAAGAUUGAAGCAGUUCAAACCAGAAAUAAGUGUGAAUUCAAAACCAAAACGUGUUAGCUGCAUCUCACAAAGGUUUGUUUUGUUAAAAAGGAUUCAUUUUGUAUUUGCAACUGGUUUAAACAUCAGCUGCUUUGUAAUGCAAUGGCAACAUCAGCACAAUUUCACACAAGGACCAAACACCACACAUGUAUAUUCUUUUCUUGUAACAUUCUAAUUUGAUCAAUUGGCAGUUAUUUAUAAAUAGAAUGAUGCACAGAAAAAAAAAUUUCAAACAGUUUAUUCUGACAAGAAUCUACCUUUUCCACCAUUUUGCAAAUUACAAAGGAUUCAUUAUGUAAUAAAAAAAACACUCAAA